CUCUCUCACAGCAGUCGGUACGAUCCUCCUAUUUAUUCGCCCCUCGACUCACCCGGCCAAGUCAGUCAACUCACACCCACCCCUCGCCGGUCCGCACACCGCUCGCAGCCCACACUCUUGAGCUUCAUUAAACUUCAGCCAGCGCACGAGAUCUCUCCACGUAACACGACACAAACAGCGUUUGCAAACAUGUCAUCCCCGCUCUGCCCGCCAACCACUCCAGCAGGUCCCAGCCGCCGCCUCACCCCUAGCACGCCCGGGACCGCGCGCUCUGUCACGAACUGCACCGAUGACGCCGCCACCUACAGCGAGGUCAUCAUCCACACCGCGAAGUGCUCCGAAUGCGACGAGCGCAACAAGGCGACCAUGCGCCGCUGUCCGGGCUGCACCUUCCAGAUCUGCCAGCCUUGCUUCGACAAGCGCCUUGCGGCGGGCAAGUCUCUGGCUCACGGUAACUUCCGGACCCCGUCCAUCGCUCCAAUACCCGUCGUCCGUCGGCGACUGUUCACCGGCGCUGGAGGAGCGCAGCCUCCGGCACAGGCGGUCAAGGAGGAGGAGAAGAAGGACAGCGCGCAAGAGGUGACGCCACCGAAGACGGAUUCGCGGAAGCGCGAUCGCAAGGCGAAGAAGAAGGCCCCUGUCGUAGAGUUUUCUUCUGAGGAUGAGGAUGACUUCGACGCCGACCGAGAUUCGCCAACUACGACAACGAAGCGCCAGAAGACAGCCGAGGGUUUCCACUCUCCGGGCAGCAAAAUGACGGCCAAGUCCCUCGCCCGUGCAGCGCGACAGACCGCCUCGGAGCAGCCGGCCACUCGUGCGGAUCCGCCAUCAUCGCCGUCAACGGGCAUCGACAUAAGCGCUUCCAUAGGACGCCCGCUCUCGGAGCAUUCUGGCGGGGAUCUCUUCCAACAGUUCGGGAUCGAGGCGAAGUACGACCAGCAUCCGCUCGCGCGCCACAACCCUAUCAUGAGCAACCGGGCUGUUGCAUCGCCUCCGAGCCUGCGGUGGGACGCCAAGCCUCGCAAGUCACAGGAGGAGAUCGAGCGGGCUAUUCAAACCAAGACCCGGGAGAAGAUGGGCGCUCAGCAGGGGGUUCGCGGUGAGGCUGGCGGUGAGGCUGAAGCUGCUCGCGAGCCCACUGAGCCGAAGCAGAGCGGGACCACCAUCCGCGAAUUCAUCGAGACCGAAGCGCGAAACCUUCAACAAGGCGUCAGGCUACACCGCGAUCAACAGGAGAGCUUGGUAUCGGCCCUGAAGGAGGUCGGUCGCAACUUCGGUAUGCUUGUCUACAGCGCGCUUCCGGAAGGCUUUAAGCCAUACGCUACGCCCGGUCUUGACCUACAAGUCGACAAGCUCCAUGCUGUACAGAAGCAGGAGCUCGAGAAGCUGGUGCGAGAGGAGGCGAUGCGAAAGUUGAAGGCGCUGGAGGCGGAAGCUAGCCUGUAUGCCUCCUCGAGCCCGGGCCGUCAGGCAAAGUCAGCGCCGGCCGCCAAGACGGGUAGCCCGCCUCCUCUUCCGCCUGUGGGCUUCUUCCGAGUGUCCCAGCCACAGCCUGAGUCUCAUUCAAGCGUUGGCGGUAUGCCUUCUUCCUCCUCCUCCAUUGCCGGUGCCCGGCCAUCCUCACACUGAGCGGAUGGGCAUCUCACCUCUGGUAGGUUACAACAUGCCAAGGAAGAGUAUCAAAUGUUGACGAAAUUGCCAGGAUUGUGAGCUGUUCUACCAAUUGACACUGUGGG